UGUUUUGAUCCCAGCAUAUUACGAUGCAGUGUCAGUUUUGGAACAAUUUGAACAUUCUGUUGCUCUGAAGGAAAGUUUCCAAAGGUUUGUUUUCCGUAAUAAUCGUUUUGUUGUAUUAUAUUGCUUUCAAAUAGUUCGAAAUAACACAGACACAUCAGCAAGGGAAAGGCUAUUCAACGGCCAGAGACGUAUAUAACAUUAUAUACGUCUCUGAGUUGGCCUUCCAUUUCGCAGAAAAGUUUGUGGUGUCGAUACUGUGAACAAGUCCAGGAACACACAUCUGGAUCAUCAUCUGGCCUGUUCUUUGACUCCCUGCCAAGGGUUCUCCUUCCUUGAAUGGCGAGGGUCAACGGCACCAGUUUGUAGUAGGACGAGGAAUACAUGUACUAGAACUAGAGCAGGUCAGGAUGAAGACAGUGUUUUGGAUCAAUGGAUUGGUCUUGAGUUGAGUGUCCCAGGGAAUGAUUGGUCUUGAGUUGAGUGUCCCAGGGAAUGAUUGGUCGGAAUUGUACCAGAAUUAACAUGUCUUGCCGGAAGUGUUCAUGUGGGGUGGGUCUGUUUAUCCGUACAUGUCACACAUUGAUUUGUCUGGCCGUGCCCUCAACUCUGCUGUUCAAGAAAACAGCUCUGCAGCAUGCACUGGUGGAGUUCGCUGACCCACUGUAUGGGAUAAGCUACGUCUGUCUGCUGGUGUUUUCCCUCGUCAUGUACUUCACUGCCUGUCUCGUAGACCCAGGAUAUGUUCCUGUCAUGGCCCAUGUACAUAAGAAGUCGGCUCUGAAACACCCUCCUAAGGAUGAUAGUGAUGAGGAUGUUGACCCGGAGACAGAGGACCACACUCCUAUGUUACGGACAGCUACUGGAGAGAUUGACACAGAAAAACUCUACAGAUACUGUGACUAUUGUGAAAUUGAGCAACCAAUGAGGAGCAAGCACUGUGAGGAUUGUAAUAAGUGUGUGAGGAAGUAUGACCACCACUGCCCUUGGCUGGAGACAUGUGUUGGGGAGAGAAACCACCGAUUUUUCUGGCUCUUCCUCCUGUCCACAGCUCUCCUCAUACUUUGGACCUUUGUCAUCACCUGGAGAGGUUUUGAUCAGGAAGACGGUUGGGAGGGCUGGUUCCACAGCAAUGUUCUCCUCUUUAUUGACAUCAUGGUACUGAUUCUCGGCGGAUUCACAGUGUUGGGACUCCUCGCCUUUCAUUCGUAUCUUAUGGUGAAAAAUAUGACCACUUGGGAAUGUGCCGCCAGGGAAAAAAUAACCUACCUGAAAUAUCUGGAGGAUGACUAUAACCCGUUUGAUCAGGGCUGUUUCCACAACAUAUACUGUUUUCUGUGUCGGGCCAAGAGCAGAAGGUGGGAGGUUCUGUACGAAAAGAAGACAGAGAUGCGUAAAAAGAACAGUAGUAUAGUGUGAUGGUUGUAUUGCCAUGUGACUGCAUAGCUGUCAGACCUCAUUUUGACCAAAUUUACCAAUUUCCUGCGAAACUCCCUCAUUCAAGUCCAAACUCACACAAACUCAAAAUCUACAUCCUGUGGUCAAAUGAUCUCCUAGUUACUGCAGUGUAUGUAAUGAUAAUAACAGGUGUGUUUGAAUCAAAUGAAUGCUUUUGGAGUUGUUUUGGUACAUGAAAAGGAAAAGAUAAAUUGAGCAAAGCAGUUUCAGUCGCGUUUCCGUCAUUGGAAAUGUGGAAUGAGGGAGAUCUCCCUCAUUGGAAAUUUCAGAGGUUGACACCUGUGUGACUGUCUUACUUGUUUUCUUAAAGAACAAUUUUUUCUUCUGUUUUCUUUUCAUUUUCAUUGGAUAUGUGGUUUGUUAUUUGAAUGAUAAGAUUGUAAUAGGUAGGUUCCUGGUUUUUUUGGUGAACAAAUUUAUAUGACGAAAUUUGAUUACUGGUAACUUCAAAAAUUACAUUUCAACUGGGAUGUGAUCUAGUGUGAUGAAAGUGUUCACGGUUUAUAAAACUAAAAAGGUACAAAGGACCUGAUAUUUUAGUCACACCUUUCAUUAUGAAUUAUAAGACAUAUAUUGAUUCUGAAGUGCAUCAUUUUUGGAGCCAAAACAUUAACGAGACCAAGACUUCGUCUGUGAUAUUAAUAGCAUACAUUGUACGGUACAUACUGGUAGUUAAUUAUGACAUCGUCUCAAUGCCUACACACUGCUGUAGUUUUAAGUUUACUCUCUGCUGAUCAUUGUACCAUUCAAUACACCCAUGACAUAAUUUUUUUGCGUAUUGCCUCGUGUAAUUGAAUUCAUUCUGACAUUGGAGUUAAGACAAUAAUCAUGCCGUCACGACAUUUUGAUGUCAAAACAAUUUACAAGAAACACAUAUGUGGAUGCCAUUGAAGAUUUGACGAUGGUUUAACAAAGAAAAGUUGUUCACAAAUAUUUGCACACCGAUACAUUCUUCGUACAUUGUAAUGUGAUAAAAGCAUAUUGAAUUUCAUUCACCUGAAUUGAGAUUGAGUUUUCUUUUUAAGCUUGGAAGAGCCUUGUAACUAGGCUUAUUUCAAAAUUUUAACAUGCAUUGGAAAUUAAUUUAAUUAUAAUUAAUUGUAGACUGAAAUUAUUUGCCACAUUUUAAACCUAUAAUUUGUUUUACCUCCUAUUCAGGCAUACGAAUGUGUCAGUGUGGUGUGCUUAUUUUUGACUGCGCAAAUAAUGUGUUAUUUAUAAUACUUGAUGCUAAAUAUUGAUAAUUAUAAAUACUUGUUGACAGUACUUGUGUUGACCAAUAGAUUUAGGAAUGCAUGUAGCACUCUGGAGGAUAAAAACAAACGUCAGUACCAACAAAUGAAUAUUGAAAUCAGAACCUGUGUAAAUAUUGAGAAGGACGGAUGCACACUUUGCCAUUUUGUUUUAUGGCCAUUUUGGAAGCAGUUGAAGUUUCAGUCGGUUGACUUGAUAAGCUGAUAAUAAACCUAGAAGUUUCAGCCAAAAUAGAGUACUGGCUGUCCGGGGCAAAACAAGUACAAUUUCCUUAUAUUGUGACUUGUGCAAUCUGGAACCUCAUAUUGUAUUGUGUCUGAAAACAGGCUGUAUCACUACAAUGUAUUAAUAAUGAGAUUUAUGUGAUACUUGUAAUAUUUUUUUGUGUAAUUUAUUCUCUUAAUGCUGAGACGCUAGCAAUAAUAUAACAGAAAUGGUAUGUGUGUAACUAUAGAUAUAGCAGUAUUUUUACAUGAAAUGAGAAAUAAAGGAUUACACCGGUUUGUAGUUUUUUCACAACACUGAACUGACUCAAAGUGAUGAGAUGCAGUUAUUAUGUAAGAGGGGAACAAAACUUGACGAAAUCUGUAUAUUGAUGUUCGCAUGACAAUACUGAUCAAAAUAGACGCCCUUUAACAAUGUAUUAAACAUAUCAAUGUUUAUGUUUUAUUUUUCUCAAGUCCUUUACAAAACUUUGUGUGUUGUAAGAAAAGUUCUGCUGAUAACAACCUGGUCUGAAAGACAGAAAGCCUGCUGGUAAUUUUUCCAGUUUCAAAGAAUUUACUGGAUUUUGAAUUUUAAAUAUUAAAUUGAAAUUACAUUCUUACGUUUUACUCACUUUUUAUUUAAUGUUGAUUCCACUUGUAUUUCAAAUUAUUUAGUGAACAAGGUUGUUUUUUUAAAUCAUCUAUUUAUCUAAGAAAUAAUCAUUGUAUGUGAAUUGCGGUGAACAAUAUAAACUCAGUAUUUCGAAAAAGGAUGCUUUGGCUGGAGUUAAUUAUUUUAUCCAACAUUUUUGAAUACUGAGUUGAUAUUCCACCAUAAUAUAUAAACAUUCUGUUGAUUAUAUGAAUUCUGUCAUGUCAAAAUGUAAAGUAAUGUGCUUUCGUGUCUACCACGGUGCCUACAAGACAAUGUGACCUGGACAAUCCAAUUAUUUAAAUUUAAUGAAUUAGCUUUAUUUUAUUGUUGUAUUUUUCCAAGCAGAUAUUUGUCAUGUGAUGCUAAUUUUCAUUUCACCAAUAAGUCAUGCUCAGCUGUCAAUUUUUUUAAAAACAUUUUGACGAGAGUUGUGUGAAACCAGAAUACUAAUUCAUGUAAAUACUUCACUUAAUACACUUACUGGUCCAUCACAGGAGGUCAAUUUUAGUGUUAUAGAGUCGUAUAAUAUAACUGUAUUGAUCUUUGGUGUACAUAAUUCAGUUGAGCAUAUUCUAGCUGUGUAAUAUGGUUUACAUCCUUUGUUUUUUUACUUUGAAGUACAGUAUUCGUUUUGUUAUUUUUGUUCAAUGUUUUUUUUUUAAAUACUGCUGGUUCAGUAAUUAGUUCAGAUGUUGUUGUUUGUUGCUGUAUUUGCGUGAGUAUAUCUAGUAGACCUAGGCUACAUUCGCGUAUUUGGUUGAACCGGUUGAACCUGUAAAGGAAACGACAGGUACAGAUCUGGACCGAGGC